AUGGCGGUGAGGCGGCGGCAGAGGCUCGGGCCGGGCGGCGGGCGAGCGCUGCUGGGCGCGCUGCUGCUGUGCGUGUGGUGGCGGGCGGCGGCCGAGCGGGUCCGCUACGCCAUCGCCGAGGAGCUGGGCAGAGGCUCGCUCGUGGGGCCGCUGGCGCGGGACCUGGGGCUCAGCGCGGACGAGCUGCCGGUCAGCUUCGAGGUGCUGGUGCACAACCCACUGAACAUUUUCCACGUCGAAGUGAACAUCCAAGACGUGAACGACAACGCGCCGCGCUUUCCUAAGGAUAACAUCCAAUUUGAAAUAAUUGAAUCUACAACUCCUGGCGCCCGAUUUGCCGUGGGUGUGGCCGAGGACUCAGACGUGGGCAGUAACUCUCUGCAGAGCUACGAGCUGGAGGCCAACGGGUACUUCGAGGUGGAGGUGAAGGACCGGCAAGAUGGCAGCAAAUUCGCGGAGCUGGUUUUGCGGCGCUCAUUGGACCGAGAGAGCGAGCCCAGCCUGCAUCUGGUGCUGACUGCGCUGGAUGGGGGAGACCCGCCCCGGUCUGGCACCGCCCAGCUCUGGAUCAACGUCACCGACGCCAAUGACAACCCGCCCGUGUUCGCGCAGGACCGGUAUCACGUCAGCCUGCGGGAGGACACUGCCCCGGGAUCGACGGUGCUGAACGUCUCUGCCUCCGAUGCUGACGCCGGCACCAACGCUCACAUCACCUAUGGAUUCGGGAAGACGCCGGCCAAAGUGCUUCAGAAGUUCCUAGUGGAAGCGGAGAGCGGGACGAUUACAUUGAAGGAGACAAUGGACUUCGAGGACACACGAGGCUAUACGCUGCUUUUGGAAGCGAGGGAUGGAGGAGGUUUGGUGGCACACUGUGAAGUGGAAGUGGAGGUGCUGGAUGUGAAUGACAACGCGCCCGAGAUCACGAUUCUGUCCCUCUCGAGCCCAGUGCCCGAGGACGCGCCUGCCGGCACUGUGGUUGCUCUCCUAAACGUAAAUGACCCGGACUCCGGCGAGAACGGUCAGGUGUCGUGCGAGCUGUCGGGCGAGGCGCCGCUGUCGAUCGUGGCGUCGCCGGGCGGCUCGUACAAGGUGGUGACGGCGAGCGCGCUGGACCGCGAGCAGGCGUCCGAGCACCGCGAGCUGGGCAGAGGCUCGCUCGUGGGGCCGCUGGCGCGGGACCUGGGGCUCAGCGCGGACGAGCUGCCGGCGCGCAAGCUGCAGGUGGCGUCUGCCGGCAAGAAGCAGCUGAAAUACUUCACGGUGAAUGAGGAGAACGGGAACCUGUACGUGAACGAGAGGCUGGACCGCGAGGAGAUGUGCGGCGAGUCGACGAGCUGCUCUGUCAUCUUCGAGGUGCUGGUGCACAGCCCGUUGAACAUUUUCCCCGUCGAGGUGGCCAUUGAGGAUGUGAAUGACAACUCCCCGGCCUUCAGCAAAGCUGCUCUGGAACUGGAGAUAGGUGAAUGGACGAUUCCCGGGGCUCGAUUUCCGCUGGAGGAGGCCCGAGAUAUGGACGUAGGCAGCAACUCCCUUCUGACUUACCAGCUCACCAGCAACCCGUCCUUCACUUUGGCCAUGAAGGAGAUUCGCGGUGGAAAAAAGCAGCCGGAAUUAGUCCUAGAGAGAGCGUUGGACCGGGAGAAGCAGAGCUCCUUUGAGCUAGUGCUGAUGGCAGUGGAUGGCGGGGACCCCGCGAGGUCCGGGACUGUCCAGGUUCUCAUCAACGUCACAGACGCCAACGACAACCCACCCGUGUUCAGCAAAAGCGUCUACGAGGUGAGUGUGGCGGAGAAUCUGCCGGCGGGGUCUUUGGUGCUGCAGGUGCAGGCGACGGAUGCUGAUGCGGGCGCUAACGGGAGGGUCUCCUACUCCUUCGGCAACGUCCCGGAAAGCAUCCGCAAAUUGUACACUAUUAACAGUGUGACGGGCGAGGUCAGAACGACGGGUCCCCUCGAUUUCGAAGGGCAGAGUAAAUACGACUUCCGACUAGAGGCGAGAGAUGGCGGUGGGCUCACUAGUCACUGCGAAGUGCAGAUCGACAUCAUGGACGAGAACGACAACGCGCCCGAGAUCACCAUUCUGUCGUUGUCAAGCCCCGUGCCCGAGGACGCGCCGGUCGGAACUGUGGUGGCCUUGCUGAAAGUGAACGACCCGGACUCGGGCGAGAACGGUCAGGUGUCGUGCGAGCUGUCGGGCGAGGCGCCGCUGUCGAUCGUGGCGUCGCCGGGCGGCUCGUACAAGGUGGUGACGGCGAGCGCUCUGGACCGCGAGCAGGCGUCCGAGCACCGCGUGACGGUGGUGGCCCGGGACCGGGGCAGGCCGGCGCUGUCGAGCAGCAGCGUGCGGCUGUCUGUUCUUGGGCUUCCUUUCUCUUUUGGUGCUGUUCGGACCGGACUCUAUUUCAAUGAAUUCUUUUAA